UGCAAAUCUCUCCUCAUCGGCGAACCGUUCGAGUCGGACUCGCGUUGGCGCAGAGCUGGAAGGCGGAGAAAGGGGGAAAAGGUUGGCAGCGGAACCGAAAGGGGCUAAUUUCUCUUUAUCGAAUUUUUGACCGAAAACGUAUCAGUGAAGGCCAUCGCCUUUGGGUUUUCCCUAUUUUUAGCGCGUUUUGCGAGCACCGGCGACGUUGAGCAUCAGCUCCUCCACGGCUAGCGGCGAACAAUACAAACGGAGCCACCGCAACCACCGUCGACAUGUCCGGCUACCAGGGCAAGAAGAACAUCCCCCGCAUCACCAGUGACCGUCUCCUCAUCAAAGGGGGGAAGAUAGUGAACGAUGACCAGUCCUUCCAUGCUGACAUCUAUAUGGAGGAUGGAGUCAUUAAGCAAAUUGGAGAGAACCUCAUUGUUCCUGGUGGGGUGAAAACCAUUGAUGCCCAUGGCAGGAUGUUGAUCCCUGGUGGCAUUGAUGUUCACACCCGUUUCCAGAUGCCCGACCGGGGCAUGACGGCAGCUGACGACUUCUACCAAGGCACCCGUGCCUCUCUAGCUGGAGGCACCACCAUGAUCAUUGACCAUGUGGUGCCAGAGCCCGGCGUUAGCCUCAUAGCAGCCUUUAACCAGUGGAGGGAGUGGGCCGACAGCAAGUCAUGCUGUGAUUAUUCUCUCCACGUUGACCUCACUGAGUGGCACAACGGCAUGCAGGAAGAGAUGGAAACCCUGGUGAAGGACCACGGUGUCAACUCUUUCCUGGUCUAUUUGGCUUAUAAGGAUGUUUUCCAGCUAAAUGAUUCCCAGAUGUAUGAGGUGUUCAGUGUGAUCCGUGACCUGGGAGCCAUCGCCCAGGUGCAUGCUGAGAAUGGUGACAUCAUUGCUGAGGAGCAGAAAAGGAUCCUUGAGCUAGGCAUCACUGGGCCAGAGGGCCACGUCCUGAGUCGUCCAGAGGAGGUGGAGGCCGAGGCAGUCAACCGCGCAGUGACGGUGGCCAAUCAAACAAACUGCCCCCUGUACAUCACCAAGGUGAUGAGCAAGAGUGCUGCUGAUGUCAUUGCUCAGGCCAGGAAAAAAGGCACUGUAGUGUACGGAGAGCCCAUCUCGGCCAGCUUGGGCACAGACGGCACUCACUAUUGGAGCAAAAACUGGGCCAAGGCUGCUGCUUAUGUCACAUCUCCACCCCUCAGCCCGGACCCCACCACCCCAGACUAUCUGAACUCCCUGCUGUCCUGUGGUGAUCUGCAGGUAACUGGCAGUGCUCACUGCACCUUUAACACCUCUCAGCGUGCCGUGGGCAAAGACAACUUCACCCUCAUCCCAGAGGGCACCAACGGCACUGAGGAAAGAAUGUCCAUAAUCUGGGACAAGUGUGUGGUGACAGGUAAGAUGGAUGAGAAUCAGUUUGUGGCUGUGACCAGCACCAACGCAGCCAAGAUCUUCAACCUUUACCCCCGUAAGGGCCGCAUCGCUGUGGGCUCAGAUGCUGACUUGGUGCUGUGGGACCCUGAUGUCACCAGAAUUAUUUCUGCCAAGAGCCAUAACCUGGCAGUGGAAUAUAAUAUCUUUGAAGGUGUGGAGGUGCGUGGCGCUCCCUUGGUGGUGAUUAGUCAGGGCAAGAUUGUGCUGGAGGACGGAAACCUCCACACCACCGAAGGCUCGGGGCGUUACAUCACCCGCAAGCCCUUCCCUGAUUAUGUCUACAAAAGGAUAAAGGCUCGCAGCAGGCUUGCUGAGCUGCGUGGGGUCCCGCGUGGUCUCUAUGAUGGUCCGGUGUGUGAAGUUACUGUUACCCCUAAAGUAAUGACCCCUGUCACCUCCAACAAGGCCUCUCCAGCCAAACCCACUCCUCAGCCCGUCCGCAACCUUCACCAGUCUGGAUUCAGCCUGUCUGGAGCUCAAAUUGAUGACAACGUUCCUCGCCGUACCACCCAGCGCAUUGUGGCGCCCCCCGGUGGCAGGGCCAAUAUCACCAGCCUGGGUUAGAUUCCCCAUGUGCCCAACCCAGCAAGGAAGGGGUGGGAGGGGGUUAAGAGAACCAUGGGCCUUUGAUGGGCUCUGGUACCACUCCUACCAACUGGACCCCCACCAGGCCCCCUGCAAGCACACCUCCAGCUCCCCAUAUUAUGCAUCCUCCAAUUCACCCCACACCUCUCCUCACUCCAUUCACUCCAUUUUUCUCCCCCCACAUUCAGGCUUCAUUCUGAAAAUGCAUUGUUUAAUUUUCAGCGUUCGACACAGCCGAGGCAUUAGCCUGUAUUUCUCAACACUACAUGCGUACUGCUCCUCAACCACUUUUAUUUCCUUGUAGGAAGAGUCAAGUGAAUCAAAACUGAAUUUAUUAUUUAUUAUUGUUUAUUGGGACACAAAUCAUACAGGAAAAGGUCUUGUUCCUAAUUAUAGUUCAGUCAGUUGUGUCCAUUCCACUCAAAACGUCGACAAAUCGGCAAAAGCCUAAUCGUUCAGACGUUUUUAGAAUGCUGUUUUAUGAGGAAUUCCGUUAGCUAGGUGUUAUUUUGCUGUCUCUUAUGUUUUUUAUUGUGCUGCCAGCACUCUUACAGAACAUUCACUUUGGUCUUCCUCUUGCCUCACAUUUAUGCACUUCUGUACUUGCAUUUCGGGACACCUUCUUGGCAUUAUUUCUUUUUAUUUUCACUCUGAGAAAAAAAAACAAAAAAAGUAACGCCUCAGUCAUUUUAAACAGGUUGCUUUGGUCUAAGAGAACUUGGCUAAUAUCAGCAGUUUUAGGGUUAAACCAUUCACCACCUCUCACUCUUUUCACAGUGUGGGGGGUUCACUAUAGACACACAAUACAGUUUGGGCAACUAUUGGCUGAGUGAAAGGAGAAAACAAAAAAGACUGGAGCCCUAUUUACUGCUUUUGCCCCUUUUACAGAUGCACCCCCCCACACACACAUCUCUAGUUGUCAAUGGGUUAGAAGGUUACCGUGGCAACUGCCCAUCAACACUUGGCACGGCUGUUUAUUGGACACGACAGCUGUGCUGUGGGUGGGUAGUGCCCCUCCUCUCUCUACGCCAGGUGCUAUUUGAUCGGCGCUGCUGAUGUGGGAAUGGCCAAUGCACGCCUGUCCCACAAUAUCACAGCCUGUACCGUUUUGUCCACAGCCCCACCACAGGGGUGCGCUUAGUCAUCACGAAACUCCCUCACACAACCCCUAACAGGAUAAAGCUCUCCCCCAUGACCUUUACUGUAAUGACAUUUUUUGUGGCUUCUGCAUCGACCAUAGUAAUCUCCAAAAAAAAAACAGUUUCGUCUGGCAUGUGUAGAAUUGAUCCUGUGGAGAUAAGAUGUUGAUUUGACUUAUCUGUUUAAAAGAAUGUUUUUUUUUAAACUCUGCUGUUUUUUUUAACGUCACAUUCACUUGCCUGCCUGUUCGCUAGAUGAUACAGUUCUUAAUGACUGUCUGUGAGUAUUGUUAUAAUGAGCUAAGCAUUUCUCAUGAAAAAAAAAACAUGUACAGAAUUCAUCCCUCUGCCUCGUUCCAUCCGUUGAAUGAAAUGCCGUUGGAGGCUCUGGCUUCAGCUGUCAACUUCCACAUAAGUGAUAGCAGAUUCCUUAACAGAGAUGUUAAUCUGAGCUAGCAGGAAAAUGUUAGAGAAGACUAAACAAACCCACAUCAGCACUAGAUAUCCCUCACACACUUUUGUGCAGUAUUACUCCUCACCUUUUUACACAGACAACCCUUUUAUGCGCUUGGGAAAAGUCGCCCUGAGCUGUAACUCCGUCCCAUCUCGGUUAACUACUCACAAACACCUGUUUGUAAAUCAGUGGUAUAUGCUAAUCAGUGAGCGGAGCUGGUAGUCUGGUGCCAGUUUCGUACUACACUCCUCCAACUUCCAUGCCUUGUCAUCUAAGGAUAUGAGUUUCUGCUAGUUGUGAUGUCUGUGGAUUGCAGAGGGGGAAGUAUAUUUUAGUGUCUUUUUUAUUUUUAUGACUUGUUGUUGCCCUUUGCCAUCCAUUGUUGAAGGUAAAAAAUGUUGACAGUGUAUGUUUUGUAGGCUAUUGGGAUCUGUGAAGGUUUUCUCUCUCUGAAAGCUUUGUGUCCCAUAAGUGUUUAAUGAAAUGAUUUUAAGUAUUAAAAAAUGGAACAAAA